AUGGAGCAGAUGUCCGAGGAGGCGCUGAGGCUUAACUUGCUGAAGCGAGGUCUGGAGUCGCCCAACGAGCGAGAGGAAGCCUUGGCCAAGCGUCUCAAAAUGGAGGGUCACGAGGCCAUGGAGCGCCUGAAGAUGUUGGCGCUGCUAAAACGCAAAGAUCUGGCUGACCUGGCGGCCCUGGAGGUCGCCGGGCCGCUGGGAGACGGAAAGGGCCCCGCCGCUUAUGAAGAGAAGCUAAAUGGAAGUCUGAGACUGGGAGGACACGGCGGCCACGUCGGUUCCAGUUCCAAGAACGGCAAGGAGAACAUCCUGGACGAGCCGGUGGACAUGAGCGCAGGACGGAGAUGUGACACAGACCACGAUAGACGAACUCCAUCUCCGGAUGUCAUCAUUCUGUCAGACAACGAGGCAUCUAGUCCCAGAGCAACACCUCGCCCCGAAGAGCGCCUGAACCAUGCCAACCUGGACAUGUUCAAGGGUAAGAGUGGAGAAGAGAGGCAGCAAAUGAUCAAAGCCCUGAGAGAGGAGCUGCGUUUGGAAGAAGCUCGCUUGGUUCUGCUCAAGAAGCUCCGGCAGAGUCAAAUGCAGAAGGAGAAUGUGGUGCAGAAGGUAUCGGUGGUCCAGAACGCGGCCUCUUCCGGGCAGCCUUCUUCCAUCCACGGUUCCCCCGGACUGGGGAAGCUCCCAGUAAGGCCAGGCAUGCACAACCCGGACCCCCAGAACCUCCGGACUGCACAGGGUCACACAGUUAUCAGGUCAGGAGCCAAUGCCAACCUGCCACCCAUGCUCAUGUCCCAGCGGGUUAUAGCUCCCAAUCCCGCCACAUUGCAAGGCCAACGGCUCUCCAAACCUGGAAUGGCUCGCUCCAGCAUGGGCAACGCUGUAAGCUACCAGCAGGCGAGCCAGCAGGUGGCAGCAUCCCAGCGAUCAGGCUCCAGCGCCAUGUACAUGAACCUGGCCCACAUGCAGGCGGCUGCGGCGGCGGGGGCCGGCGGCCUGGGCGGCGCCUCGGCCGUCAGCCCGUCCACUCUGUCCGGGUCGGCCAGCGGCGGGGUCAACUCCAUCGCCGACCAAGCCAGCAGCCAGGCCGCGGCGAAGCUCGCUCUGAGAAAGCAGCUGGAGAAAACACUGUUGGAGAUUCCCCCGCCCAAACCCCCUGCCCCGCUCCUCCACUUCCUGCCAUCGGCCGCUAACAGCGAGUUCAUCUACAUGGUGGGCCUGGAGGAGGUGGUACAGAGCGUCCUGGACAGUCAGGGUAAACUGCGAGGCACGCUUUCCCGUAUGGAGCCCUUCUUCUGUGCUCAGUGCAGAACCGAUUUCACGCCACAUUGGAAGCAGGAGAAGAGUGGGCGAAUCCUGUGUGAGCAGUGCAUGAUGUCCAAUCAGAAAAAAGCUCUCAAGGCAGAGCACACCAACAGGCUGAAGAAUGCCUUCGUCAAGGCCUUGCAGCAGGAGCAGGAGAUCGAGCAGAGGCUUCAACAGGCGGCCCUCUCGCCGAGCUCGGCCCCCAGCGGCCCCAACGCCUCCAAGACUGACUCCUUGAUCCGACAUCACGCUUUGCGCCAGGCUCCUCAACCUCAGGCAUCGAUGCAGAGAGGUCUAUCGAACUCUGCGCGGGGCGUCCUGUCUAACUUUGCCCAGGCUUCGCAGCUGUCGGUGGCCAGCAGCCUCAUGGGGAUGAGCGGGUUAAAUAUCGCCUAUCUGAACCCAGCGGCCGUGGGCACCCAUAAGAGCUCCAGCUUAGCGGACCGGCAGAGAGAGUACCUGUUGGACAUGAUCCCGCCCCGAUCCAUAUCGCAGUCCAUCACCGGACAGAAAUGA